AUGGAGGAAGGGGAAAGGGCACGUGCCAGAGCGCGAGCGCAGAGUGAGGCCAUUCCGCCACAUAGAGAAGUCCAUCUUUCGCCCGCAGCAAGAGAGCCAGAGCAACAGCCUCGAACCUCUGGAGAAGACGAGGAAAUCGAGAGCCAACAAUUCAACGCACCACGCAGAGCAGCAACAGCAGCGACAGGGGCAAGAGAUCUCCAUGAAGGCCACGCAUCGUCGCUUCACGAUGUGGCAGAACAUGGAGCCUCUACUUUGCGCCGCAGGAGCACGGCAGUCUCGAGAAGGAGUGCUAGGCGCAGUGCUGCCGCGAACAAGUCAAGACUCGGGACUGUAGGCCUAGCUGGCCCAGAAGACACCACACAGAUCCAAGCUGCAGCCGAGAACUAUGUUGCUCCUGGUUAUGCUGCUCUCAAUCCUGCAUACGAACAGGCCCCUGCAGCUAAGCCGGUUUGGAGUUUGGCAAAACCAUUGCCUCGUGUACUUCGCCCGGGCAUGAUACCGAUGAAAGACGAAAUUCUGGAUGGAAGAGCAAAUGGACAGGCGCCAGCAGAAAAUAUCAAUAAAGUGGGAGUUGAAGUCGAUCCGAAUGAUCUCGAAGCAGGUAGGGUCCAGCUUACCGCAAACCCUGCAAAGCUGUCCGCGCAACUGAAAGACAGCAGAGCGCAAAGGGAGCAGAACUUUUACACCAGCAUCCAAAGAAGAGGCACGACGGCAAGCAGGAUCUCGACCAGGCCUGCGAGAGCGGGUUCGACGGCUUCUCAGACGGCACAAAGACGGAGGGCCGGAAGUCGCGUCUCGAUCACACAGCGACCCAUGACACCAGCAUGGGAGGAUGGCGAUGCCGAAGCCGAGCUAGAAGACGAAGACAAACCAGCUGGAGAACUGCCUACACCAGCAGAAGGCGCCCCAUUGUCUCCAAGUGCAGAGCAAGCACUAAGGCUCUCGAUACAGCACAGCGCCGGAGAGAACCUCAACAGCCAGCUCGGAGCUAUACCUGAACACCAAGUACCUAUAGCCGAGCCCAGGCUCUCGCAAGAUUCUACAGGCGCUCAAUCCACGAUCAAGGUCGACGACUACGCCGAUGUCUACAAUGACAUGACCGACCUGAAGCUCGAAGUAGAGAACCCUCCUCUGUACGACGAGGUGCAUAAUAACCACACCAGCUGGUCCGUCGUCCGCACCCACAAUCGCGAAUUCUUGGCAGAACUCCUUGCCGUCGUUGUGCAAGAAACCAUCGGCUUCGCCGCAGAUGUCUCCGCAACACUCAGCGCCACUUCCAACGUAAAUACCACCGCAUGGGCCUGGGGCUUCGCAACCAUGAUCGGAAUAUACAUCUCUGGAGGCAUCUCAGGCGCACACCUCAAUCCUUCCAUUACUAUAAUGCUCUGGUUCUACCGUGGCUUCCCAAGGCGUAAGAUGAUGCCAUACUUCGCUGCGCAAUUCCUGGGGGCGUUCAUGGCGGCACUGAUCGCGUAUGGGAUGUAUCUGGCGAGUAUUCAGAAUUACGAAUUGACGAAUGAUCCUAUCAACAUCCUGAACGGGUUCGUCACGAGCUGCAGAUACGACUACAUUGAUGCUGCUACUGCAUUCUUCAACGAGUUCAUCGGCACGGCUUUCCUGGCUUGUACAAUCCUGGCACUGGGAGACGAUCAGAACGCCCCACCUGGAGCUGGCAUGAACUCUCUCGUAAUUGGUCUUGUCAUCACAGCGCUAAACCUAGCCUUUUCAACCCAGACCGGUGCGGCGCUGAAUCCCUCGAGAGACUUCGGGCCGCGUCUUGCUAUGUUGGCGCUUGGAUAUGGUUCAGACCUUUUUACAGACCCGUAUUGGUUCUAUGGCCCGUGGGCUGGGUCUCUGUGCGGUGCCUUUGUUGGCGCGGCGCUGUAUGAUGUGUGUAUCUUCACUGGUGGCGAGUCGCCCAUUAAUUACCCUUGGACGAGAACGAAGCGCUCCUACAAGAAGGGGAAGGCGAAGUGGACUAGGAGGCUGCACUUGGAGAAGAGGAGGAAGGAUGAGGUCGGAAAUCGAGUAUCGUGA